AACAAACAAAGAGAAAACCCCAAAAAACCCACAAAAACCAAAGAAGAAAACAGGAGAAGUGGAUCAAAACACGGCAGAGGAUAUGACCAUCCGAGGCAGCGGCACGGCUGCUAUUGCCAUGGGUGUGCGGUGGCGGAGCAGCGCACGGUGUCGCUGCAGGCUCAGGAACGGCUCGGUGCGGGCGGCUCCGCCCCGGUGCGGCGGAGAGCCCGGCUGUGAGCGCGGGGGGGCGGCGCGGGCCGGGCAGCAGAGCCGGUGCGUCCGGGCGGCGGCGGGGAGCCGUGCGGGGCCCGGGCCGGGGCCGGCAGCCACAGCGGCAAGAGCGGCGAGAGCGGCAGCGGCGGCAGGGAGGAUGGGCGAGCGGUGGUGUGCGGCGGUGCUGCGGGUGCUGGUGCUGCAGGCGCUGGCCUGGGCGCUGGCGGGCGGGCAGGUGCGCUACUCGGUGGCGGAGGAAGCCAAGGCCGGCACGGUGGUGGGCCGUCUGGCGCAGGACCUGGGCCUGGAGGCGGGCGAGGCGGAGGCGCGGCGGCUGCGGCUGGUGGCUCCGGGCCGGCGGGCGAGCGUGGAGGGGAGCGGGGCGAGCGGCGCGCUGCUGGUGAGCUCGCGGCUCGACCGGGAGGAGCUGUGCGGCAAGAGCGCGCCGUGCGCGCUGCGCCUGGAGGUGCUGCUGGAGCGGCCGCUGCGCGUCUUCCAUGUGCAGCUGGAGGUCACCGACAUCAACGACAAUGCCCCCGUCUUCCCCGCCGCCCGGAAAAACCUCAGCAUCGCAGAGUUAUCUACGAUGCCCGGGUCUCGUUUCCCACUGGAGGGCGCGUCGGAUGCGGAUAUCGGAGCGAACGCGCAGCUCUCCUACACACUCAGCCCCAGCGAGCAUUUUUCUCUGGAUUUGCAAAAAUCGAAUGAUGGAAACACGGAGCCCGAACUUGUUUUAACGAAAUCUCUUGACCGCGAGACGAUUCCCGUGCACCGGUUGGUGCUGACGGCGAGUGACGGGGGCCGGCCGUCUCUGACGGGCACCAUGGAGCUGGUGAUCUCGGUGCUGGAUUCCCGUGCACCGUUCAACCAGUCUGUGUAUAAAGUGCAGCUGCCGGAGAGCGCUGCUGUGGGAAAGUUGGUGAUGAGGGUGAAUGCCACGGAUGCGGACGAGGGAAUUAACAGUGAAGUGACCUAUGCUGUGACGAACUUUAUUCCCCCGAGUGGAAAAGAUGUGAUUUCCAUUAAUCCUAAUACCGGGGAAAUUCGCCUUACGGGCGCCUUAGACUUCGAGGAAGUCAAGGUAUUUAAUUUUCGUAUGGAAUCGAGAGACAAGGGGACACCCCCCCUGUCAGGCCACUGCAAGGUGAUACUGGAGGUGCUGGACGUGAACGACAAUGCGCCGGAGGUGUGGGUGACGUCGCUGUCGGUGCCGGUGGCGGAGGACGCGUCGGUGGGGACAGUGGUGGCCCUGCUGAGCGUGUCGGACCGGGACUCGGGGGAGAACGGGCGCGUGCGGUGCUGGGUGUGGCCGGCGUCGCCGUUCGGUCUGGAGGCGACGUUCGCGGGCUCGUACUCCCUGGUGCUGCGCGAGGCGCUGGACCGGGAGCGGGUGUCGGAGUACGAGGUGGAGGUGCGUGCGGAGGACGGCGGGGCGCCGGCGCUGCGCGCCAGCCGCGGGCUGCGGGUGCCGGUGUCGGACGUGAACGACAACGCGCCCGCCUUCGCGCAGGCCGUGUACACGGUGCUGGCGCGGGAGAACAACGCGGCGGGCGCGGAGCUGGCGCGGCUGUGGGCGCGGGACCCGGACGAGGCGGGCAACGGGCGCGUCAGCUACUCGCUGUGGGAGGGCGGCGUGGGCGGCGGCGGCGGGGCCGCGGGGUCGUCGUCGUCGUGGUCGGGCGGCGGGUGGCGUCCGGCGUCGAGCUACGUGUCGGUGGACGCGGAGAGCGGGCGCCUGUGGGCGCUGCAGCCCUUGGACUACGAGGAGCUGCAGGUGCUGCAGUUCGAGGUGCGCGCGGUGGACGCGGGGGAGCCGCCGCUGAGCGGCAACGCCACGGUGCAGCUCUUCGUGCUGGACGAGAACGACAACGCGCCGGCGCUGCUGCCGGCCGCGGGCUCGGCCCCGGAGGCGGGAGCCGUGGCGGCCGAGACGGCGGCGGCGGGCGUGGGGGCGGGCUCGGGGUCGGGCACGCUGUGGGCGUGGGCGGCGUGGGGGGCGCCGGCGGGGCAGGUGGUGGCCAAGAUCCGCGCCGUGGACGCCGACUCGGGCUACAACGCGUGGCUGCGCUACGAGCUGUGGGCGCCGCGGGGCAAGGGCCUGUUCCGCGUGGGGCUCUACAGCUGCGAGCGCCACAGCCGGAGCCUGUGCGUGGCCGACGGCGCCGCCAAGAGCGACCUCAUGGUUUUCAGCCCCAACUUCCCCCCUCCGCCGCCGCCCGGCCCCGCGCCCAAGGACACGCAGCCGGAGCCCUCCGCUCUCCUCGACAUGGUUUUCCACCCGAACUUGCUGAAGGUGUUCAGGUUUGGCUGUGGUGGUUACCGUCUGCCAGGCGCUGUGUAUCUCCUCAUUGUCUUUGCUGACUGCUGA